GGGAGAGCGGAUAUAGUGAAUGCGGGGUCCGGGGAGAGCGGAUAUAGUGAAUGCGGGAAGAACAGAUAUAGUGAAUGCAGGGUCCGGGGAGAGCAAAUAUAGUGAAUGCGGGGUCCGAGGAGAGCGGAUAUAGUGAAUACGGGAUCCGGGGAGAGCAGAUAUAGUGAAUGCGGGGUCCGGAGAGAGCAGAUAUAGUGAAUGCAGGGUCUGGGGAGAGCGGAUAUAGCGAAUGCAGGGUCCAGGGAGAGCGGAUAUAGCAAAUGCAGGGUCCGGGGGAGAGCGGAUAUAGUGAAUGCAGGGUCCGGGGAGAGCAGAUAUAGUGAAUGCGGGGUCCGGGGUCGAGAGCGGAUAUAGUGAAUGCAGGGUCCGGGGAGA